CGCUCGCCCGAACGAUCGUCUGAUACGCGGGCGAAGAGAGAGAGAGAGAGAGAGAGCAGGGGCCCGGCAGAGGAAGUGAGAUGAUCACAUAACGGCCGCCUCGACAGGAAAAAAAAACAAAAAAAACAAAACCUCUGCCCGUUUCUUCGCUCACCGGACUGCAAUGCCGCCACAGCGCGUAUUCGCCCUGCCGAGGCAACAAUCCCUGCUGCUGCCGGCCGUCAUCAACCCGUUCGUUCAAGACACCAAACUAAGCAGAGCUACUAUCAUUAAAUGCGUCCUCCUGGGAAUCUUCCUGGUGCCCAUUCGGGCCGUCCUCAUCACCCUUGUUCUCAUGGUGACAUGGCCAGUGUCUGUCAUCAUAACCUUCAAGCAUCCUCUGAAAGGAGCCGUGGAACCAAUGACGGGCUGGAGACGGUUCAUGUGUCGGAGAGUGAUGGCUGCCUUGGGGAGGACGUACUACUUCUGCAUGGGCUUCAGGGUGGUGGUCAAGGGCAAGCAGGUCGGCAGCAGUGAGGCCCCCAUCCUGGCCGUGGCCCCCCACUCCACCUUCUUCGAUGGGAUUGUGUGCAUUGUCGCUGGCUUGCCCUCCACCGUCUCCCGCGUGGAGAACCUGGCUACGCCCAUCUUUGGCAGGUUUGUGCGCUGUCUUCAGCCAGUGCUGGUGUCCAGAAAGGACCCAGACUCCAGGAAGAAUACGAUCCAAGAGAUUGACAGCAGAGCCAAGUCAGGAGGCCACUGGCCACAGGUUCUGAUAUUUCCAGAGGGAACAUGCACAAAUCGUUCAUGUCUCAUCACUUUCAAACAAGGUGCCUUUAUCCCAGGGGUGCCUGUGCAGCCUGUGCUCAUGAGAUACCCCAACAAAGUGGACACAGUCUCUUGGACUUGGCAGGGGUUCAGCUCGAGGACGCUGCUGCUUCUGACUCUGUGCCAGCUGUACACCACAGUAGAGAUAGAGUUCCUGCCGCCACAUAUCCCCACAGAGGAAGAGAAGAAAAUCCCGGCUCUGUUUGCUAGCAGAGUGCGAGAAACUAUGGCCCAGGCUCUGGGAGUUCCAGUGACAGACCACACAUACGAAGACUGCCGUCUGAUGAUCUCAGCUGGCGAGCUAACGCUGCCCAUGGAGGCCGGCCUGGUGGAGUUCACCAAAAUUAGCCGGAAGCUCAAUCUGAAGUGGGACAAUGUGAGGAAGGAGCUGGAGAGCUUCGCAGCCAUGGCCAGCUCCUGCAAAGGAGGACGGAUCAGCAUCGAGGAGUUUGCCAGAUUCCUGAAGCUACCUGUCAGCCCACCACUUCAGGAGCUGUUCGCGCUGUUUGACAGAAACGGAGAUGGCACCAUAGACUUCAGAGAGUAUGUCAUCGGCGUGACCAUCUUGUGUCGACCAGCUAACACAGAAGACGUUCUUCGACUGGCUUUCCAGCUGUUUGAUACAGAUGAGGAUGAGAGAAUCACCCGAGAGGAGUUUACUGCUCUGCUCCGCUCAGCUCUGGGUGUGUCAGAUCUAAACAUGGUCAAGCUCUUCAAGGAGAUCGAUGCUGACGGCUCUGGUUUCAUCACAUUCAAUGAAUUUCAGGCCUUUGCCACCACCCACCCGGAGUAUGCCAAGCUCUUCACCACUUACCUGGAACUUCAGAGGUACCAAGCAAUCCAGGAGGCGAGGCCAGGUGACCUGGAAUUGGCCAGUCCGACCAUUUCAGGGGAAAAACAGGAAGACAGCGCCUCUGACAAAAAAGAUGACUGAGGCCUGAAGAUGGCCGUGAACUCUCCCUCACUGCACCGAGAGACAGAACGCUGCAUUAUCCACUGCGCUGAGAAGGAAGAUUCAGAAGUGUCAUCUGCCCUCCGACGACUUUUAACAAAUCCGAGUCAUUUCUCACAGCAGAGCCAUAUCAUAGGUUAUGUGCUUGCCUUUUUAUACAUGGUGUGUAGAGUGCUUCUAUUUUCAAUUUUAGUGCCUUAUAGAGAUUUAAAAGAACCACUUCCCCAAGCCACUGCAUAAGAAAUGUCUUCUUUUUUAUCCCUAAGGUUUUGUGUGUGUUUCGGUUGUGUGUCCACUGGAAAAAGAAAUAAAAAAAUAAAUAAUAAUCCAAUGAAAAGCUAGUCAUAGGAUGAAAAUAUGUCAGAAAACUCACGUGUUGGUGUUUUAACUAUCCAAGCCCUUCAAUCUUUAGAGUCCUGAUGUUAGUGACAGUGUUUUAUUAUGUAGUUGAAUAUUUUUUUCCACAUCGUAAACUGCCUCUUGACUUGGAUACUUCAUUGUCUGUAGCCUGAGUUUACUCUCGCUUGGACUUGAGCGUAGCUUGGUGUACUUUCUCCUUUAUCUGUGUGGUCCUCUGUAAAUGAGUGAAAAAACUGCAAAACCAACACCUUUUUAAAUAUAAGCAAAGAGUCCUCGUGCUUCUGUGUUGCAGUAUAAUUAGUGUACAGUAAGCUUUAUUAAGAUCUUUCCAAUCUUGCAUCCCACAGAUGUUCUGCAUUAAAGCUAUGUGUACGAAGAGCAUACAUGCUGUGCAUUACACUUUUUUCCGGUGCUCAGGGACACAGACCUUGUAAGACGGCUGUAUAAUUAGCCAGAGGUUUGCUUUGCAUGUGUAUCCAUUUGCAUUUCUACUGAAGAUUGUUGUUGCUGAGACAGCAGCAUGUCUGCGCAGCUUUAAGUUUACUAAAGCAAAUCAGCCACUGAAAAUAGGGCAAUUUGUGAGCAAAAAGGCAACAGUGCUUCUUCACAACAGCAUAUUCCAGCGGGGUAUGCUUUCACGUUAACUAGCAGCACUGAUAUUUAUUCAGCAAGGUGCAGUGCAAUUAUGUGAUUUUUUUUUUUGUUAACACUG